GAUGGCGGGUGCGGGCCGUGCCUGGCGGGCCGGAGCGCUGCUGCUGCCGCCGGCCUGGCGGCUGCGGGCCCCGGGACGAGCCUUCGGCGCCGCGGCGGGACGGGCAGGCGGCGGCGGGCGGCUGGUGCUGGGCGCUGCCUUCGCGCUGGGCGGCGGUGCCGGGCUGUGCCUGGCGGCGCGGCAGCGCCUGCGGGAGCACUCGGCCGCUGAGCUGCCUUCAGGGAGCCUGCAGCUCACUCUCUACCAGUACAAAACAUGUCCUUUCUGCAGCAAAGUCCGAGCUUUUCUUGAUUAUCAUGGCCUGCCCUAUGAAAUUGUGGAAGUGAAUCCAAUAAUGAGGAGAGAGAUCAAAUUCUCUUCCUACAGAAAGGUGCCCAUCCUGCUUGCCAACACUGGGAGCCCUCUGCAACUGAACGACUCCUCGGUUAUCAUCAGUGCAAUAAAGACCUAUCUUAUUUCCAGAAGGAAUAGCUUGGAAGAGAUUGUGUCCUUUUAUCCUCCUGUUAAAACCGUGACUGAGAAAGGCAAGGAGGUGAUGGAGUAUGAGAAUAAAUACUGGCUCAUGCUGGAUGAGAAGGAGACAAAGCGAGUUUAUCCCGUCAAAGAAGUGAGAGUGGAAGAGAUGAAGUGGAGAAAAUGGGCAGAUGAUUGGCUUGUUCACCUCAUCUCCCCCAACGUUUACCGAACGCCCAAAGAAGCCUUGGCGUCUUUUGACUACAUUGUCCGGGAGGGGAAGUUUGGCACCUUGGAAGGUCUCUUUGCCAAGUACGUGGGGGCUGUUGCCAUGUUCUUCGUGAGCAAGAGGCUGAAGAAAAGACACAACCUUCGAGACGAUGUCCGAGAAGAUUUGUACGAAGCAGUAAACGAGUGGGUAAAAGCUGUUGGCAAAAACCGACUGUUCAUGGGUGGGAACCAGCCCAACCUCGCCGACCUGGCUGUGUACGGGGUCCUCCGGGUCAUGGAAGGGCUGGAAGCCUUUGAUGACAUGAUGGCUCACACCAAGAUCCAGCCUUGGUACCAGCGCAUGGAAGAAGUCAUUGAAAAAUCUGCAGUUGCAAUCUGAUGCAGCUGCCUCCCUGAACUACUUGCAUGGUGAAAACUUCAGCAGAAAUGGCUUUUAUUUUUAGAGUUGAAAGGACUGGUCACACCUAAAGACUGACACGAGGGCACAGAGACCACCCCGUUCAGAAAAUCAAGUCGUAGUGAGAGAAGGGUCCAGCUGGGUCUCUGUAGAAGGAUGGGGGCAGGUGGAAGGAAGGGAUCUUGGAUGCUGCUGAAAAGGAGAAGGUCUAAAUUGAAGAAUGCAGCAAAUAGGCUUCUUUUAGGCACAAGCCAUCCUUGGAGCAGUUUACUGUAAAAGCAAGAUGCUCUUGGCUGGUGUUACAGCCAUGUCAGAUGUGGUAGGUCUGAGCAGCUUGUCUUCCACUACUCAUCCAUGUCAUGUGAAGCGUUUUCCUGACUGACAUACUGGAUUCUAGUUUUCAAGUGACAAUUUUUCCUGCAAUAGAAUCAUGUAAGCCCAGUGCUGAGGGAACUGGAGGAAUCCAGGGCACUGGGAAGGCCCCCUUCCCGUGACAGCAGCGAUGCUGCACUCACAGGGUGUGUGCUGUCACUCUUCCAUGUAAACGGUUCUCUCAGGACUGGACUCUGUACGGUCUGCAAGGAUAAAGGUUGGCUUUAUUCUGUGCCCUUUGUGAGAGCUGAGUUCUUACCUCACCCCUUACACCUGAAGAGCACACCCUAUGCUGAAAUCACUAAUGAAGAGCAGGUAUUGGAAAGACUUGUCUUGCAUGAGAUCUCUCUGGAGUACCACUGAAAAUCAGUUUGUUCUUGUUUUAGGAGAAGAAGGAUUAGGAGCCAUCUGCAUGGCCAAGGGAUCUCCAGGUGUUUCUGCCGUGCAAGAGUAAUAAAGGAUUUGCUGUUGUAGCAAUCGAAUUAGGAACUGUCCCUGUGCAAUAUGAAGUCUACUGAGCUGUGCUGGGGAGAGUCAGAGAAUGGUUUGGGUUGGAAGGCACCUUAAACACCAUCUUGUUCCAAUCCCCUGCCAUGGGCAGGGACACCUUCCACUAGCCCAGGUUGCUCCAAGCCCCAUCCAACCUGGCCUUGGACACUUCCAGGGAUGGGGCAGCCACAGCUUCUCUGGACAACCUGGGCCAGGGCCUCCCCACCCUCACAGGGAAGAAUUUCUUCCCAAUAGCCCAUCUAACCCUGCUCUCUGUCAGUGCAAACCCAUUCCCCAUUGUCCUGUCCCUCCAUGCCCUUGUUAAAAUUCCUCUGGAGCUGCAGAACCUGAUGUUUGUCAUAGUAAGAGAAAAUGCAGGUUUGAAUGUGAGCUGCACAUCGCACAGCCCAAGACUUCAGUAUCCUUAAUUAUCACCUUGAUCGAGUUCUGUUUCUCCAGAAGAACGGGCAGGUUUCAGGGAAUCUGAUUUGUUGUGAUAUUUCAGGUGCAGCUGAAGGUGGUCUGCACAGUAUGGGGUUGAGGGGUGCACCUUUAUUUGGUAUAACAAUGGUGGUGAGAGAGGUUUGGGUUUUUUUGCUGAGUGUAGGACUAGUUCCAAAUUCAGUUAUGAUGAGACAUAGAGGGGAGAAAGAAAAUGUUUACAGUAAAAACAGCUGUGGGACUGCUCCAUGACUGUAUUUCUCUAAACUAUUCUGUAUUGAAACUUGUGUUCCACAAUAUCAACAGACAACGUUGUUUUAAAAAAUUAUAUUGAAUGUGCAUAGACAGGAGGUUGAGGAAACCUUUUAUAAUAAUUUUGGUGUCUGUCUCUAAACCCAAGAGGGAAGAAGAGAUUUUGAUUUUGGAUGAGGAUCUGAAGCACCAGGGGCUCAGCUGCCGCUGCUUCUCGCUGUGCUGUGCUACAUGACAUCAGUCCUUGAGAUGAAUAUCCAUCAUGCUAAUAUACUGAUAAUAUUACAUGAAAUAAAGAAGGUUGUUGCAGGA